GCUGAUCGUAUUGGAUCUAUGAUGACGUUGGCAAAGCUAAAAGCCCCGACCCCCUGAUAAAAUGCCCACUAUACCCCACUGAGGCUGGAACUUGGGCCAACAAUGCCGCUGUUUCUAGGUCCCUAACCGCGGCUUCUCGCGGGGGAGGGACCGCUUAGUUACGGCUUUCACCUAACUCAGCUGCGAAUACCGUAACUUCUCGCUGACAACUCUUUGGAGUUAACCUUCCCUUUCUCUUUAUCUCAUGAUUAUUAUAUUUCCAUGAUGUAGAAAAGUCACAAUACUUGAUAUAGCAAGUCAAUUAGAUAAUUUACCCCUUAAAUACCAUUCAAAAUGCGUUCAGUUAAGCCUAGACACCUCCGCCGCCAUCCAUUCCCCCGCUAUCUUACAACCGGCUCAUCUCUACAGUCUCAAAUCACUCCUAUUACAUCUUUACUCAUUGCAAACCGUGGUGAAAUCGCAUUGAGGAUAAACAAGACCGCCGAACGCCUCGGAAUCAGAACUACUACCUUAUAUACUAACCCGGACGCCUCUUCUCAGCAUGCAUCCUGCUCACCGCAGUCCAUUGGUCUAGGUACCGCCAACGGAUACUUAGACGGCGAGAGGAUAGUGAAAUUGGCUAAACAGCAUGGCAUCCAAGCUUUACAUCCUGGAUAUGGCUUUCUCUCGGAGAACUCAGCCUUUGCCAAAAGGUGUGAGCAGGAAGGAAUCGUAUUUGUCGGACCACCAGCGCAAGCUAUGGCAGACAUGGGCGACAAAGCUCGAAGCAAGGAGAUUAUGACUAAAGCUGGAGUUCCAUGUGUGCCUGGGUAUCAUGGAAGUGAACAGGGUGAGACGGAGUUGCUAGAGCACGCGAAAGCGAUUCAAUUCCCUGUGUUGCUGAAGAGUGUGAAAGGAGGUGGUGGGAAGGGUAUGCGUAUCGUGAUGGAGGAAAGUGAGUUCUUACAGCAAUUAAAGAGUGCCCGCGCAGAGGCGAGAGCUUCAUUCGGGGAGGGCGGUGAGGUCAUGUUAGUUGAAAAAUACAUCGUACGUCCUAGGCACGUCGAGGUGCAAGUGUUCGCCGAUAAGCAUGGAAACUGUGUUGCUCUAGGCGAAAGAGACUGCAGCAUACAGCGACGACAUCAGAAGAUCCUUGAGGAAUCACCGGCACCCGAAUUGGAUGACGUGACAAGGUUGGACCUAUGGGAAAAGGCCAGGACGGCGGCGUUAGCAGUGGGCUACGUCGGCGCGGGGACGGUGGAGUUUAUUCUCGAUAAGGACACAGGCGACUUUUACUUCAUGGAGAUGAACACCCGACUUCAAGUCGAGCAUCCUGUUAGUGAGAUGGUCACUGGAACUGAUCUAGUUGAAUGGCAAUUUCGAGUCGCCGCAGGAGAAAAGUUACCAUUAACACAAAAGGAGAUAAUCGAGAGGAUACAUGAGCGAGGAGCAGCUAUCGAAGCAAGGAUAUACGCCGAAAAUCCAGAAAGGGGUUUCAUUCCCGACUCCGGAAAGUUGGUUCACCUAAAGACCCCCAAGGUGGAUGAGGAUAUCCGAAUUGACGCUGGCUUCGUUGAGGGCGAUACGGUCACCGAAGCAUACGACGGGAUGAUUGCGAAACUUAUCGUCAGAGGAAGGGAUCGUGAGACGGCUAUUAGGAAGAUGGAGCUUGCGCUACGCGACUACGAAGUUGUAGGGUUAAGCACCAACAUUGAAUUCCUGAAGCGCUUAUGCAGAUCACCGGCGUUCAUAGAAGGAGAUGUUGAAACUGGUUUCAUUGAAAAGUGGAAAGAGGAGCUGUUUGAUCCUGCAGUGAUUAAGCCCGAAGUAUAUGUGCAAGCGGCUCUGGGCAUAUUCGCCUCCCAGCCCACGGAAGUCGUGGAACCCCAUGGAGAAAGCCUAGGCUUCGGUUCAAAUAGCAGUUCACGAAACUUUUCAUUCAAGUCCUUAGACGUCUUAGAUCAAAAGGAAGGGGAAGUUGUGGACGUUAGCAUAACCCAGAAGGGUAACAACUUAUUCAACGCUCAGGUCACUCGAAAUGGUGAAGAUGCUCAAGUCUUCGAGGACCUUGUGUCGUCGCCCAUCCCAGCCUCGGAGAAAACAGGACUUAUCACAUUCUUCCCACAUACACGGAUAGAAACGACAGUUGUUCAAGACCCCAAUAAUGACAACAAGAUCACCGUAUUCCAACAUGGUAGAAAGACAGAAUUGUCGCUACUGUCUCCGAUUUGGUACGAGAAGGCCCUAGGGCUCAAGGAAGUUGCGGCUUCGGUGGCGGCUCCGAUGCCUUGUAAGAUACUCAAAAAUGAAGUUAAGGAGGGUGAUAGGGUCACCAAAGGAGCUCCUCUAGUAGUAAUUGAAUCCAUGAAGAUGGAAACGGUAAUACGAUCACCACAAGAUGGUGUUAUAAAGAAGCUUGCACAUAAAGAAGGGGACAAAUGCAAAGCAGGUACAGUUCUGGUAGUUUUCGAAGAAGAACCUGCUGCGGAAUAGAACCUAAACGAUGAAAAAUUUACAAUACCAAAUGUAGGCCUAUUGGUGUAAUUUAGGACAGGAGAGGUGCUGGCGUCGGAUCAUGCGACUCUACAAUGAUUUUU